UUUGUGCCUCUACCUGGAUGGAAAAGUUUAAAGAACUAAAAGGGAUGUUACUCCUCCUCUUCAUUGCUACCCUUAUCCUCCUCCUCAGCCUCAAUGUGACAAUACCCAGGACUUACAAGGCUUUCCCAAAGCCACUUUCAGUCCCAAAAAGGUGCUCCCUGCAGAUCUCCGAGCAGACCCUAACCCCCCUCAACAAUACCAAGCACAUUCUGGUCUCUGCCUACAUGGACCAGAGAGUGAAAGGCUUGGAUAUACGCAUCAUCGGCAUAUUUAGGAAAGACUCCGACCAACCCCUCUACUGUCUUUUCUGCUGUGCAGGCCAGUUAUCAAGUGCGACUCCAACAACAAUUUUAAAACACAAUGACAACUUUGGUUUUCCCUUCAUCACGACAAGUGUCAUGUGUCCAAUUCCUAGGAGCUUUGGCGCUACACAUGUCAGUCUGUUGACGCAGCCACACAGUGAUACAAUACAACCACACUGGCUUCCUAUAAGAAACCAGAAGAAUGAUGGGAAGGAGGAGCAAAAGUUACAGUUUAACUUCACAGUCUGCAUCUCCAACCUGUUCGGAGAUUACAACAAUGUGCUUCAGUUUGCACAGACUCUGGAAAUGUACAGAUUGCUGGGUGUGGACAGAGUGGUGAUAUAUAACACCAGCUGCAGCUCAGACCUGGACCGCCUGCUGCAGAGUUACAGCCAGGAGGGCUUCGUGGAGAUGGUCCCGUGGCCAAUCCACCAGUACCUUAACCCAUCAAAGGGAUGGCUCCUCUCACAGAGCGGGGGGGACAUUCACUACUUUGGCCAGCUGACCACGCUCAAUGAGUGCAUUUACAGAUCCAUGGAGCACUCGCGCUACAUGCUGUUAAACGACAUCGAUGAGAUCAUAAUGCCGUACAAACACAACAACCUGAUGUCUCUAAUGGACAUGCUCCAAAAGCAGCAUCCAAAGACAGGAGUAUUCCUCAUUGAGAACCACAUCUUCCCCAAGCACCAUUUUGAGCCAAGUGGUAGGUUUCACCUGCCUCAGUGGAGUGACGUGCCGGGAGUUAAUAUUCUGGAGCAUAUCUACAAGGAGGAUCCUGACAGGACAAAAUACCACCCGUACAAGAUGAUAGUUCAGCCAAGGUUGGUGGAGUACACCUCGGUUCAUGAAGUGCUGAAGAACUUUGGAGAACAGUUCAAGGUUCCUAUGGACGUUUGUCGGAUUGUUCAUGUCCGCGUGGCACUGCGGGGGUCGUUAAGGUUGGAGCAGCUCCGUGAAGACAAAAGGCUGUGGGACUUCCAAGAAAAACUGAUUCCUAAUGUGGACAAAGUUCUGAAGAGAGUGGGGAUGCUGGGCUCAGAGGGGCGGAGCUGAUGGAUUGGACGACACUUGUGCUUAACAGAUGAAUGUGACCCUUUACAUCUCAAAACGUCCCGGUUAAAUCUGUGUGUCGUAUCAUUAAAUGUUGCUUUGUCUUUGCUCUCAAGAUCCUCCAUACACCCUGCACUCAUCAACAACUGCCAUGCAAAUGCUGAAGCUAAGCACAAGACUUAAUUGUUUGCUGCUUGGUUGUCAGCAUCAGUGUAAAAAUAUUCAGUUACAAGAAAAAGUGCUGCAAAAUUGAACUUAAGUAAAAGUAUUAAUUAGAAGUAAUUAAGCACCAAAAGUAAAAUUGCUCAUUGUGAAGAGCACCAUAUAUUUAAAAUGAUUUUAUUAUAAUAAAUUGUGCAUAAAUGUGUUCAUCAUUUCAGUGUUGCUUUUGGUAAAAGUGGGGUUUGAUUCAAUUACUUUAUAUUCAACUGGGUGCCUUAACUUAUAAUAAUAUAUAAUAAGUAUUAGUUGAUUAUAUUUUCUUUUACUGACUAAAUCUGCAAAAAAUCGAGAAACUACAUCUUUAAUUUAAAUGCAGUGGAGUAAAAAGUACAAGUAGUUUAAUGUGAAAACAAUUCAAUAUAGUACUCUACUUGAGUCAAUGUACUAGUAACUUUCCAAUACAAAAAUGCAAAAUCAAACGGAUUUCCCUACGAACUGCCAUACUUUGUUUACCUGGAUGUUAAGAGAAAUAGGAUGGAUCACAUGUCAGGAUGAAAGAGGUUUAAUAUGUGUCUGUCAAAAUAAAUCUAGAUAAAAGUCAAUGAAAAUACUGUCCAGUGUAUGGACAAGCCGGCUGGAACACCCUCAACAGUCAUACACAUUUAUUUUAUAUCUUUUACAAGCCUCUUCCAAAGGUUGGAUGCUUGCUUCUUUCUGGCAGUGAUGAAAUUGGUGGAUGGAGUUUGGUAAACGAAAUGUAGUUUGGUGAAUGUUUCACAAUACAGCUCUUUUCUUGAAUAAACAGGGUCAGUGUGCUUGAGUGGGGCUUGCUGUAACAUCAUGUUAAUGUAUUAUCCUCCCUCUUCAUGGAAAGUGCUAUGUAGUUCCAUCAUAGUUGACGUCAGUGGUGGAAAGUAACUAAGUAUUUACUCAAGUAUUAUACUUAUAAUACACUCAGAAUCAGAAUACCUUUAUCCGUCCCAUAGAGAGGAAAUGUGCAUUUGCUACACAGAGUCAAAGACAGCUUUAAAAAAAAAAGGAUGCAUUAAAAAUAUUAAAGAUAGAAAAAUUGAAAAAUAAUUACACAAUUUACAAAAUACACAUCCUGUAAAGAGACAUAGCAGCCAAGUAUAUAUUGCACAGUUAUUAGUAUUGCACAACAAGGGGUGUUAUAGCCUGUUUUGUUGUAUGUAUGGGGGUCUACCGGGGCCAUUCUUCUGCCUUGAAUUGUAUUACUUUGCGACACUUCAGGACAUUUUGGUAAAACGCACUUGAAUGUCUUAUAUUGUUCCAGUGUAGGAAGAAGUACUCAGAUUCUUUACUUACAACUGUAUGGUUUAAGCCCUUUUUUAGGUAACGGUACUAAACCACAGUCUGAGAAUAAGUCCUUCUAAUGUUAAGUAAAAGUACAGAAGUAUUAUCCAGAAAAAAUAUUUUUUUUAUAUCCUGCACGUACAGACAAUGGCAAAAUGACACAAAAUAUGAUCCGAGAAGAGAAAUCCAGUACAGACGACUGAGACACACCCCUUACUGAACGUCGUCCGAGAUGUCAUGCCAUGA